AUUGGCUAUUUAAUUUUCCCUUAAUUUCUAUAAAUUAUGAUUCCUCUUUUUGUUUUAACCUCUUUUGAUUCUUUCUAUAUAUACAAAUACAAAACUACCUCUUCCUCUUAACAAACCUCUCUACGUUUCUCUCUCAUUAAUUGUUGCAAUGAUGCAAGAAUUAGGCUUAGAACGUUUCUCCAACGACGCCGUUUACUUAGACCUCACUCCUCCUUCUCAAACCUCAUCCACCUCUCUCUCCAUCGACGAAGAAGAAUCAUCUGAGGCCAAGAUCCGACGGCUCAUAACCGAGCAUCCCGUGAUCAUAUUCAGCAGAUCCUCUUGUUGCAUGUGCCACGUCAUGAAAAGACUCCUCGCAACGAUCGGUGUCAUCCCCACCGUCAUCGAGCUCGAUGAUCACGAGGUUUCCUCUCUCCCCUUGGCUCUUGGAGAAGAAUAUUCCGGAGGUGGCUCCGGCGUUGUUCCUCCUCCGGCGGUUUUCAUUGGCCGUGAGUGUGUAGGAGGUCUUGAGUCCCUAGUCGCGCUCCAUCUAAGUGGUCACCUUGUCCCUAAGCUUGUCCAAGUUGGAGCUCUUUGGGUAUGAUAUUGUAAUUUUACUUCUUUGAGUUUCAUUAGUAUUUUGCAGUACUCAAAAGCAUAAAUUUAGGGUUUCUCUUUUCUGGUUAUUAUCUGAUGAUCAUAAUUAAACACCCAUGUACUAUAUAUGAAUAAUACUUUAAGAAUGUGUAAGUAGUAAAUUUUAUAUAAUUUGCUUCCCUCGUUUUCUCUCUCA